AUGACAGCCUCUGCGCUACCCCGCGGCGCGGAAAAUGCAACCUCCGCGCGGAGUACCGCGGCGCACGCGCUGCGGCUCCUCCCGCUCCUCCUCCUCUCGCUCCUACUCGGCCAGGCGGCUCGCCCCGCCGCCUCGCAGUCAUCCGCGGCGCCCCGCCGCCUUCUCGCCACCGAGACGCUGGGCAACCCCGUUUAUAUCGUCCGCCUUAAAGAAAACUCCGUCGCGGCCGAGAUUAGAGGGGACGGGAAUAACGGAAACGGCAGAAAUGGGGGAGGUAACGGCGGAGCGAACGGGAGGAAUGGGCAGCGGCAGAAGAUCGACCGGAACUCGCAGCGUGUCAAGGACCACGUCAGUCGAGUCAAAGCCCAGCACGCUCGAGUCGCGCGCGGCGCGGGGGUUCCCGACUCGGACGUGCUCUACAGCUACGCGUAUUCGACCAACGGUCUCGCGGCUCGGCUUUCUAAGGAACAGAAGCGCGCGUUAGAAGCAGACCCGGAAGUAGCAUACGUGCAGGAGAGCAAAAUCCGCAAGUUAGACGUGCUCGACUCUCCAAAUUUCCUCAAUCUGCCCAACACGCUAUGGAAGGCGAAUAAGGCCGCCAAGUUGACCGCGGCCGGCGAGGGAACAGUUGUCGGAGUCGUUGAUACGGGAAUCUGGCCCGAGCAUCCAUCGUUUCAGGACCAGGCAACUAACCCGUACCCUGACCCGCCUGCCACGUGGACGGGUAAAUGCCAGACCACCUCCGACUUCCCCAAGUGCACGCGGAAGCUCAUCGGCGCGCAGUACUUCAUCGCGGGGUUCCUCGCCGCGGGGCUGACCUACUACGACCCCAGAGAUUGGCUCUCCCCGCGUGACUUGGCAGGCCACGGCACGUGGUGUGCGGGAGCCGCAGCUGGCAACGGCCCCGUUUCCUUCGGCUCGCUCAACUCCGUCUCUCUCGGCUCGUCCUACGGCGUCGCGCCGCGCGCCUUCCUCGCCGCGUACAAAGUCUCGUGGUACAGCACCAAGUACAACGGCCGCGUGAUAACGGACUCGGAUAUCCUCGCGGCGGUCGACACGGCCGUCGCGGACGGGGUGGACGUUUUGUCGCUGUCGUUAGGAGGCAUGGACCCGUCGGACACGUAUUUCGACGACCUGGGUUAUCUGGACGCGCAUUUGGCGGGAGUGGUGGUGGUGAAAUCAGCCUCCAACUACGGUCCUCCGCCCUUCCACCCCUCUCUCUACCGCUCCAUCUCCAACUUCUCGCCCUUCUUCCUCACUGUUGGCGCCAGCUCUAUCAGCCGUCGCUACAACGCGUCGCUCACCCUCGGCAACGGUACCGUGAUUUACGGAAACGGGUUUGGCGGCUUGAAUAUGGGUGCCAACACCCCCCUCAUCGACGCAGCUAAAAUUCCGGCUGCGGGCUACGAUGCAUCUAAGGCCAAGUACUGCAAAUAUGGCUCGCUCGACACAGUGUGGGUGGCUUGGCGCAUGGUGGUGUGCUUAUACGGAGGGGGAGUGAGCAACGAUGAGAAAGCAGCAGAGGUGGCACGCGGCAAAGGCCUGGCGGUGCUUAUAGUGAGUGUGAUGCCGGCUGACGAUGCGUCGGUGACCCGAUACGGCACCCUCCCUGCAAUGACACUCUUCCCUCCUAACGAUGCGAUUCUGAAUGAGUACCUACUGACUGCAAGCCCAACAGGCACAAUGUCUUACGGUUUCACUCAAACCACCACUGGCACCGCAGCAACCAUGGCCUAUUUCUCAUCCAUCGGUCCUCUUGUCCUCCCCUCCACCGUCCCUCCUCCUUCUUUCCCCACCAACGACAUCUUAAAGCCCGAUAUCAUCGCUCCGGGUUGCUGGAAUCGCGGCGCUUAUAAUGCAGAAUCAGACCGAUUGGACGCCGUCGCAGGUGAUGUCGGCGAUUAUGACGACAGCUAUAGUUAG